AAGAGGACAACUUGAUGAAGAAAUUGACGUCACGCGAACGGCGCUUCAUCAAAUUUUCGUCUGUGGAAUAUCAAGGGCAAUUGUAUAUGACGCCACAGGAUUUCUUGGAUAGCGUGGUUGAGCAAGAGCCAAGACCUCGUUUGAAACGCCGCACUUUAAGCGACCAAGAUUUGCAGGUGAUAAAAGACAAUACACCGCCUUUGAAGAAGGGCUCGAAAAUGUUGUUCCGUACUCUAAGGGACAGAGGCAUUAUCUCCUACACAGAAUAUCUCUUUCUCUUAUCUGUUUUAACAAAACCUAUUUCCGGUUUCCGCAUUGCAUUUAACAUGUUCGAUACAGAUGCCAAUCAUCGCGUUGAAAAGGACGAAUUUCUAGUGAUUUUAAGAAUUUUGGGUGGCACCUUCAAGCGGUCGAAAGUCGAUGAGGAAACACGUAAACUUUUGUUAAGUUUAAUUUGGCCUAGAGAAACAGCUGAGGCACUUUUUAUGAAAACUAAAAAAGGAACCAAUGAAAAGGAGCAUGUAAAUGACGACUUCAUCGAUGACGACGAAGGGCUGCAGCGCAAGCAUCGCAUCGAUACGACACUACAAAUACAUUUAUUCGGCAAGAAAGGCAAUCAGGAUCUCAACUACGAUGGCUUCCACAAGUUCAUGGAUAAUUUGCAAACAGAAGUGCUGGAAUUGGAGUUCAGUGAAUUCUCAAAGGGUAAUGUCGCCAUCACCGAGAACGAUUUUGCCAAAAUUUUGCUGCGUUACACCUACCUCAAUACGGAAGAGUACGAUGCCUAUUUGGAGCGUCUAAUGGAUCGCAUUAAGGUGCAGCGUGGCAUAACAUUCGAAGAGUUUCGUGACUUUUGUCGUUUCCUCAACAAUCUGGAAGAUUUUGCAAUCGCUAUGCGCAUGUAUACGCUGGCUGAUCGUGCUAUCUCGCAGAGUGAAUUCUCGCGCGCUGUAAAAAUCUGCACUGGUUUCAAGCUUAGCAAACAUCUGAUCGAUACAGUUUUCGCAAUUUUCGAUGACAAUGGUGACGGUAUGCUGUCGUACAGAGAAUUUAUAGCGAUCAUGAAGGAUCGUGUACAUCGUGGCUUUAAAGUAAGUCAUCACAAAGUGCUUGAAUACAAUGUUGCUAACGAUGAAUUAGUCGAAGCGGCGAAUCCUAUGUUUGCAUUGUGGCGCCAACGCGCCUGUCGCCACUUAGAUCACUUCAAAGACUGCGAUUUUUUCAAUAAUUUUUGAAGGCAAAAAAUAUUUUUUUUGCUUUGAUUUUUAUUUUGAAUUAAGUCAAAGAAGCAAUUCAAUGGAGAUCAAUAUGAUUUAUGUAGUUUAUAAAUAAGUUUAGUUUUUCAUAAUGACUUUAUGCUCGAACCAUCCGCCAUCGAAUACUUGUGCACGACAAUUUCUGUACAAAUUAUCUUUAUUUUGCUCCCUUUUUUAAUUUAUAUUAACUUUGUUAUUUUAAUACAUUUUUUUUUUUAAUAUUUUGUCCACAUGUUUGUUCUAAUUGCGUUGUUCAACCAUUAACAUCUUUGUAAUUUCAAAACUUAAAAUGCUCUCAAUUCGUGAAAUCAGCAAUACAUUUACGGUUUAAGUGCACUUUCAUAAUUACUAUUAAUACACAUUUUUAAUCAUCAUUUAUAGCAUUGCAUUAUUCUAACAAUUUUUCUAAGUUUAAUAUAUUCAAUUUCAUUUAAUUGUUCAAAAAUAUCGUUAUAACAAAUAUAAUUUUCUAUAGAAUUAACUGUCUUGACUUUUUAAGCUGUACUCGUAAAUAAACUUGAAUUUUUUGCUGAUUUCACAGGCAUUUAAUAAAUUUGUUAGCGGCUAAUAGCAUUCCACGUUUUUUAUAUUCAUUAUGUUUCCUGUUUAUUCUGUUCAUUAUUAAUUAAUACAAAUAAAACCACAUUUACUAGCAAAAUUU